GCCGUUGGCAUUUGUCCAUAACCCUUUCGUUCUUCACCACCUCCUCUUCCCGCAUUUUGCGUCUCUCCUUCAUCUGACCUCCACUCCCUUCCACCGUUGUAAAGACAAUACAAAUCGAAAGUCUAAUGCUGAUCAAAACACAGUCGCGCCGGCGGGUUAAGCGAAGCAGUAGGUACCAAAUUGGAGUAGGGAUAGAGAUCUCAUGAGAAACGGGGACUUCUCCCUUCUCCUCUCCAGAUCUCCUCCGUCCCGUCGAGAUUUGUUGUGAGUAUUUAGUAAGGUUAUUUGGAUCAAUCGGAUCGUGGGCGAUGGCUAACAAGCAUGGGGAGUUUAACCAGAAGAUCGAUUACGUUUUCAAGGUGGUGUUGAUUGGGGACUCUGCGGUGGGGAAGUCGCAGCUGUUGGCGAGGUUUUCGAGAAACGAGUUUAGCUUAGAUUCGAAAGCUACAGUCGGGGUGGAGUUUCAAACGAGGACGCUCAACAUAGAUCAUAAGACCAUCAAGGCACAGAUUUGGGACACGGCUGGACAGGAGAGAUACCGAGCUGUGACAAGUGCGUAUUAUAGAGGAGCUGUAGGAGCAAUGCUAGUUUAUGACAUGACCAAACGACAAUCUUUUGAUCAUGUAGUUAGGUGGUUGGAGGAACUACGCGGCCAUGCUGACAAGAACAUUAUUGUUAUGCUCAUUGGAAAUAAGUCUGAUCUAAGCACACUUAGGGCUGUCCCCAGCGAGGAUGCAAAGGAAUUUGCACAGCGAGAGAACCUAUUCUUCAUGGAAACUUCGGCUCUUGAAUCCACUAAUGUUGAAGCUGCCUUCCUUACUGUCCUCACAGAGAUAUACCGUAUAAUCAGUAAGAAGGCUCUUGUUGCCAAUGAUGAGUCAGAAUCUAGUGGAAACUCCAGCCUUCUUAAAGGAACCGAAAUAGCUAUCCCUCCAGAGCCAACAGGUGGAAACCAGAGUUCAUGUUGUAUGUCUACUUAAGCUUUGUUUGGGACGGCUUUCUUACUGCUGCUUAAAGCAAAAUUUUAGUACAAAAAUUAUUUUUUUUUCUACUAGAAAGCUGCUUUAAUAGGACACAAUGGAGAAAAAUGAUUCAUGUAGCC